CUUUAAUUUGAAGAUCAACUCGCAUCUCGCAUCGCCCUUGUCGACCCUGGGGUCAUGGAGUCCCCGUCCCAAACUGAUCCAAAGGUUUUUUACGUGUGUGUUACUGGAUAUGGGCCAUUCAGUCACUACGCUCGCAAUCCAGCUUGGCUGUCCACAGCACCCCUCAAUGGAAAAGUGCUGAGGAAGUUUGAGGCACGUUUGGAUACUCAAAGCAUAGACCCAGUACCCUCUACUGGCCAAUCCCUCCUUUCGGAGAUUCACAUCGUUUCAUUCGAGCUCAGGGUAUCCUAUCAACACGUGUUAUCAGUGAUAGAACCCCUCCAUGCUACUCCUCCUGAACUUCCAGACUCGGUGGCAUUACCGGACUCCCUGCCUCCACAACAUAGACCAUUCGACUUGAUCCUCCAUGUCGGUGUUGGACCGGCUGGUGGGAUGAGAAUUGAAGCGAUGGCUAGGCGAUUUGGAUAUCGGGAACCUGACAUAGAUAAUGAGUUGGCGCCACCUGUUCAUCCAUCCCAUCUUAGUGUGCAGCCUCCACCUCUUACUAUGCCGAUGACAACGACUAGGCCACUAAGACCAUAUGUUGGAAUUAUCCCCAAGCCAAUUGCGAUGCUAAGGUUCAGAGACGACGUAUCGCCCCCAAGAGGAUUCGGACAAGGUUACGAGGGUUGUCCCGACGAAAUCUGGAACCCCUCUAUUGACGUACAGCAACUUGUACAGGACGUUCAUCAGUGUGGAAUACAGGAUAUAACUCACUCUAGCGAUGCCGGUUUAUAUCUCUGCGAAUUUGUUUAUUAUUGUUCUCUCGCGCAGCACCACCGGAUCGGGAGGAGGGUGACCUCCCAUGCAGCGUUCCCUAUCUCGGCCACCGAAACCGAAGCCAGUUCGACAGCCAAUGGCCAGGAUCAAGAGGUCUCGAGCUCUGCAAGCCGCCAGGAAGAGUUACCUCCCGGCGUCCUGGGUACCCCCGAUCGCUGUCCGAAGGUCUUGUUCGUCCACGUACCUCCGGUUGGAGAGCCGCAGACCUUGGAGGACAUGACGUUCGCUAUUGAGAACAUCAUCAAGGUCAUUUGUUGGGGAGCUGGCGAUGCUGCUGGUGUGCGCGUCGACGAGUGAUUCUAAAGACUC